GGAGGAGGAAGAAGAAGCUCUCAAGCUACUCUCCAUUGCUGCAACUCGAGCUCAACCAAAAGUAGUCCAAGGAGUGGGAUUAAAGAAGGAAAAAGGCUAGGAAAAGUGUGUAGAAUUAAGGCACUUGUAAAGGGUAUUUCAAGUGAUUUCACAAAGUUGGAAAAGUCGCCGGAGUUGUCACCGGAGUUGACCAAAAGUCGCCGGAGUUUCACCGGAGUUCAACCAAGAAGGGUAGAACUUCUUAACGCUAGUUCAAGGUUGAAGCUAGAGCUUGCUACUUGCACCUUCUCACGGGUGAUAUCAAAUCAGGGAGACGUGAAAUGGAGGGCAGGCGAAUGGGGACCAGGAACAAUCCGAGAGGGCAAGCGCCGGUAACAUCCCAAAGGGGAAGCCGGGCUGCAUCUCGGGGUUCGAGAGGAGGCCGGGGAGGCCGUGGGAGCCGUGGAGGUCAUCAAGCUCAAACUGUGAGUGAUGGCCAUGUGAGCUCGGUGUAUGAAACCAACACCGAGGACUAUGACUCAACCUACGUGCCAGAGACGGAGCAUGAAGAGACCCCGUAUGAUGGGGGUGACACGUACACCGAUGAGGACAAUGAUGAGAGUGAUGCCCGCUUUGCCCAAAUGGGCGAAUUACUAGAGUGGUAUCAAAAGGAGAAACUGAGGAGAGACCUUAGGCGCCAAGCGAGGCGUGGCUCUCGGGGAGGUUCGGGUCAAGGGAGCCGGGGAGCUUCCGUGGCCACCCCAGCGGCGUCACAUGGUGGGCGUGAAGGAGGUUUUGUUGUGAGAAUCUCCAAGUACCUCAAGGAGGCUAGGGCCUUGGGGUGUAGGUCCUUUGACGGCACCGGUGACAUUACCGUUGCCGCCGAUUGGAUUAAGAAGGUGAAGGAUGCAUCAAGAGACAUGCAAAUCACACCGGACGUGAAGUUGACUGUCGCUUCACGGCUACUUGAAGGGAUAGCUUCUACGUGGUGGGAGAGCGUGGAAGGGAAGUACCAUGGGGAAAUAACAUGGGCAGAUUUUGAGCUAGAGUUCUAUGCUCAAUACUACUCCGAGUACGAGGUGAAUGUGAAACGGAGAGAGUACACUAACCUCAAACAGAAAGAGGGCGGAACAGUUAAGCAACUGGAACAAGAGUUUAGAACCUUGGCUAGGUUCUUGCCGGAGUACGCGGUUGAUGAGAACCGCAUGACAGAGCACUUUUGGGAUGCCCUACUCUUGGACAUCCGUGACCGAGCUACGUACUCGCGCCACAUGACCUUCAGCGAGGUGGUGGAGCAGGGCCUUCUCGGGGAGGCCCAAUGGAACGAGAGAAAAGAGAGAGACGCCGAGGAGGCGAAAAAGAGGAAAUGGCAAAGUUCGGGGCCGCCCGAGCAAGCACGGAAGGAUAAGCACGGUGGAGGUGGCGGCUCGUUCAAAACACCGGCACCACCGGCAAAGAAGAACAAGGAUGCUCGGUGGCAUGCAUCCUCCUCCCAAAAGACGGGACCCCCUAGGUGUGCUAAUUGUUCGAAAAAUCACUUUGGGAAGUGCAAUGCACCCCCAAGGUGUUAUCAAUGCGGGAACACGGGCCACAUGAAGGCCAAUUGCCCACAAUUAGGGGGUGGAGGAGCUUCGGGAUCCGGAGGAGGAACC